AUGACAGAUCUGGCCCCUGGAGAUCCUGGUGGCAUCUGUGCUGUAGAAAUGACCCUGAGGGACACGGCCACCUGGCUGCCUGCAGUGCUGCUCCUGCUCCACGUCCCAGCAGCCGGCACUCGGCUGUGUUUUCCAGGCUGUGUGUCUCUGAGUGGCCCCGGCUAUGUGACGGGCACUGUAGGGGGAUCCCUGAGAGUGCAGUGUCGCUACGAGGAAGAAUACAGAGACCACCUCAAAUACUGGUGCAAAAGUCCCUGUUUGGCUGAGCACUUGAAGAUCGUGGAGACCAGAGCAUCAGGGAGAGAAGUGAGGAGCGGCCGUGUGAGCAUCAGGGAUGAGCCUGCUGUCCUGACCUUCACGGUGACCUGGGAAGACCUCACAGAGGAAGACUCGGGGAUAUACCACUGUGGGGUUGAGAAACCUUUAGCACUGACAGAAUCAUGGGUUGACCCCACCGUCUGGGUUGUGGUGUCUGUGUCCCCAGGUUCUUGCUCAGCAGUGUUCACCUCCUGCUCCUGGUCUUCCUGGAGCUGCCACUGCUCCUGCUCCUGCUCAGUGCUGUCCUCUGGGUGAACUGGCCUCGGAGGGGCCCUGAGGGGAAACAAAGUCAACCUGAUUAUGCAAACCAGUAAAACCUGCCGCCCAUGGAUGC